AUGGUCGCCGAGCCCGUGCCGAUGGUUUUCAAGACUGGGAGCAGCGCGGGCAAGGUCAAGCAGGGCAAGAUCACGAACGAGGACGUGCUGCGCAGAGAGGAGAAGGGCAUCAUCUCAAAGGAUGAGCUGGAGCUCAUGUACCAGCUGGUCGAGAUCGUGCAGUCGAAGUCGGUGGCCGCGCAGGCGGCGCUCAUCGAGAUGCGCUCCGCCGAGCACGCGCAGCUCUUCAAGGCCCUGCUCACCGGGGUGAACAAGGACGAGGUUGUGAUGUACAUCCUCUCGCUCCUCGACGAGCUGCUCAAGCAGAAGCCAACCCUCGCCUCCCUCUUCCACGCCGCUCUCUACGAGUCUGGCGGCGCCAUCGACGCGAAGGCGCACGCCAUGAAGCUGCUCAAGCACGAGGACCCCGAGGUGCAAAAGUACGCCCUCACCUGCGUCCAGCGCCUCAUGGUCAUCAACUGGGAGUACCUCAACAGCGGCAGCUAG